GGGCGGGCUGGUGUCUCAGCGCGCCGGAUUCGGAGCAUGGGGAACGUGUUUGGAAACCGCUUCAAGGGGCUCUUUGGCAAAAAAGAGAUGCGGCUGCUCAUGGUGGGCCUGGACUCGGCGGGGAAGACGACUAUCCUGUACAAGCUGAAGCUGGGCGAGAUCGUCACCACCAUGCCCACCAUGGACUUCAACGUGGAGAUCAUCCCGUACAGAGACGUGUGCUUCACCGUGUGGGACGUGGGCGGCCAGGACAGGAUCCGCCCGCUCUGGCGCCAUUAUUUCCAGAACACGCAGGGGCUGAUCUUUGUGGUGGACAGCGGCGACAGGGAGCGCGUGGGCGAGGCCCGCGAAGAGCUGACGAGAAUGCUGGAGGAGAUUGGGAGCAAGGACGCCGCCUUACUAGUGGUGGCUAACAAGCAGGAUCUUCCCCAUGCGAUGAAGGCGGAUGAGAUCACGGAGAAGCUCGGGCUGCGUUCUCUUCUCGAAAGGAACUGGUACGUGCAAGCCACGUGCGCCACAAGCGGCGACGGGCUCUACGAAGGCCUGGCCUGGCUGUCCAAGCAGCUCCAACACCGGAAGUGAAACAAUAAAAGCUUG